CACGCUGCUCCAGGAAACAUGGCCGCCCUCUUGAGAUCAGCCCGGCUCCUCAGACUCUCGCCUUCGGGCUUGCUCCACGUCGCCGGGACGAGCCGGACCGGGCCGCCGCUGACUCGCCUGUACAGCGGGGCUCUCUCCGGAACCAAAACCGCGACGUGUUCCGGUCUCAGCCGAACCGGGUCGGCCCGGGUCCCCAUCAGUCACGUGUGGCCGUAUUCGGCGGGCUGUCUGCGUGGUUAUUCCGUGGCUCCAGACAGAAAGGACGAAGCCAGUGUGUCGGUGCGGUCCAAGCAGGCGCAGCAGUUCGACUGGGCUCUGGCCAAGCUCGACAGCUCUGUGAGGAGGACCGGCCGCAUCACCAAGACGCUGCUGCUCCGCAUCUUCCAUGACAUCUGCAGGGCAGGUUAUCCCAGUGGGAACCAGGCCUUGUUGCUGCUGCGUAGCUGUGGCUCGCUGCUGCCGGAGGUUCCUCUGGAGGAACGCACCGUGCUGGCACACCGGGUGUGGGAGAAGCUGCAUGAGUUGGGUGCACAGUUUGAUGUCAGUCACUACAACGCCCUGCUGAAGGUUUACCUGCAGAAUGAGUUCAAGUUCUCUCCCACGGACUUCCUGGCCAAGAUGGAAGCAGCUAAUGUCCAGCCCAACAGAGUUACCUACCAGAGACUCAUAGCAGCCUAUUGCCAUAAUGGGGAUAUCGAGGGAGCCAGCACCAUAUUGGGUUUCAUGAAGACCAAAGAUUUGCCGAUCACCGAGGCGGUUUUCAACUCUCUGGUGACCGGCCACGCUCGUGCAGGUGACCUCGAGAGUGCUAAGAACAUCCUGCCUGUGAUGCGCGGAGCGGGAAUUGAACCAGGACCUGACACUUAUUUAUCACUGCUUAACACCUACGCCGAAAAGGGAGACCUGGAAAGUCUGAAAAAGACCAUGGAGGAAGCAGAGAGUGCCGACUGCAGUCUGAUGGACCGGGACAUCAUGCAGAUCAUCUUCACUUUGGCCAAGUCCGGACACCAGCAUCUCAUCCCAGACAUGGUUGAGCGCAUGAGGCACGAGAGGGGUUAUGUGCCAGAUGCUAUGAAUCUGUGUCUGAGCCUGAUCACGCAGGGCCAGGAAGACACAGCUUUUAACGUCCUGAAGAGUUUCUCCUCACUGGAGCCGGAUAAUUACAACAACGAUUCCCCGAACCUGGGCAACUUCUUCCUCAGACACUGUGUCACCAUGAACACGUCACUGGAGAAGCUCACGGGUUACUGUGAAGAGCUCCAGGAGACAAAGCGUCACUCUGCCCCACUCACCUUCUCUCUGCAAUGUGCUCUGGAGGCCAAGAAGACUGGUUUGUGUUUUGAGCUGAUGAAGAUAUUGAAGGAGCAAGGCCUUCCCAUAAGGUCACACUACUUCUGCCCUCUCCUCAGUCAGUUUUUGAAGGAGGACAACCCAGCUGGUGUAAUGGAGGUGAUGAGGGGCAUGAAGGAACUGGGCGUGACCCCGGACUCUGAGACUUUGUCCAUCUACAUCCUCCCUGCCUUCCCCAGCACAGAGGCCGCUCGACAGGCCAUCACGGAAGCUGGCAUCUCUCUGGACUCUGACAACUUUGUGUCUUUAGAGGUCCGCUCCUUGGCAGCGAGCGACUUGGCAAAACUCUACACCAAAUUGUCGGAUCCCUCCUUCCCCCCGACGGACCAUAACAGUUUCCGCAACAGCCUCAUCCUGGGCUUCAGAAAGUCUGAUGAUGUGGAGAGCAUGGCGAAGAUCACAGAGCUGUUAUUCAAAGACAAGCGCUUCAGCAAGGAAGGCGCCAAGCCUGCUGAAGGGGCAUCCUACUUCUUGUACAAUCUGUUCGACACCAGGACAGAGGAGGAGUUGCAGGGACAGGAAGACAAACUGCGGAAGUAUUUAAAUCAUCUUCAGGCUCAGAAUAUAAAGAUUUCACUGAACAUCUUCAAAGGUAUCAGGAACCUGCUGGAGUCCCAUCAAGUCCCAGAGCUCGUCAAGGAUGUGAUCGCUCUGGUGGACCCCAGAGACAGAGCGUCCAGUGGCUCUGUGUCAGCUGCUCCGCGUUUUACUGGAAUCGAGGGUAAGGUUGUGGCACUUGAGGCUAAAUUAGCUGAACUGAAAGCAGAGAACAAACCGUUGGGCUUGAUUCUCAAACAGACAAUCCAGGCUCUCUGUGCCGAGGAGAACCUGCAGCGUGCCCUGGAGCUGAAGCAGCAGCACGAGGAAGAGCUGGGGGCCGGCAGCUACGCCACCCUCAUCAACCUGUGCUGCCGCCACGAAAACGUGGAGGAGGCGCUCAAUCUAAAGAUGGAACUGAGUCGUAUUGACUCAUCCAUUUCGCUGGAUGCUGGUAAAUACAUCGCAUUGGUCAAGCUUCUCUCCAAGGUGGACAGAGUGGAGGAGGCUGUGGACAUCCUGAAGGAGAUGAAGGAGAAAGAUGUGGCGAUAAACGACGCCAACGUCACCAUGCUCUUCUACGCGUUGAACAGCUUAGUGACCAAAGGUCCCGCCCCCAUCCGACGGCUGCAGGACACCCUCUUCACCCUCGGCCUGGCCAAGCCCACCGCCAAUCUCUGCUCCCCCCUGAUCUCUGCCUACCUGGAGAGUAAGGACCUGCCCGGCGCUCUGGAGGCAGCGCUGGAGUUUCAGAAGCUCUACAAUCAGCUGCCCCGCAUUCACGACAUCCUCGUGGCUCUGGUGGAGAAAGGAGACACCGAGCUGCUGCAGAAAGCCAUGGACUUUGUGAGUCAGGAGCGAGGGGAGAUGAAUAUGCUGUACGAUCUGUUCUUUGCCUUCCUGCAGACCGGUCGAUUCCGGGAGGCUCGUAAGAUCAUUGAGACUCCUGGUCUGAGGGCAAGGCCUGGACGUCUGCAGUGGUAUGCAGAGAAAUGCAUUUUUGUCAACCAGCUGGAGACCUUGGAGCAGAUGGUAGACAUGACCUCCAAGCUGUUUGAGUGCGACCGAGACGAGAUGUACCACUACGUCCUCCGCCUCUGUAAGGAGUCAAACAACUGGGAGAAGGCCGAGGCCGUGUGGACGAAAAUGCAGGAGGAAAACAUCGUUCCCCGGGAGAGGACGCUGUGCCUGCUAGCUGACAUCCUGAAGAAUAAUGGCCAGGAGGUGCCCUUUGAGGUGCCCGAGACCUGGUACGAGCGAGCAGCGACCGCACAGCAGGACCAGUCUGCACGCCCCCCCACCUCAGCUGAAAGUGGCACCGAAUACCAGACCCGUCUGUUGGCCCUCUGCAAGAAGGGCAAAGCCAAAGAGGCCUAUGGGAUGCUGAAGAAAGCCGAUAAACAGGGUUUGACAUUACCCCCCACGCCUUACGACCACCUGAUCCGUGCGCUGUUGGCUGACGGGGCCUAUGAUGAUGCCAUGGUGGUCAAGGACAUUGCUGUGUCUCGUGUGCCGGACUUCCAGCUGAGUAACAUCGCCACCAGUUUGCUCAUCAUCACUCACAGCAAGAAAGGCGAGACCAGUGAUGCUCUUGCGAACCUGAAGUCGAUGAUGCAGGCGGGUCACGUGCCCUCGCAGCUCGCCAUCACCAGACUGGUCCAGGCCCAGGGCGGCACUGGCGACAUGGCAGGCAUCCAGGAAGUGGAGUCCCUGAUGCAAAGUCUGGGCACAAACCUCAACCUGUCCAGCAUGGUGUUUGUCAGCAACAAGGCUCUGGCUCACAUCAAGAACGACGACGUGGACUCAGCGGUCGAGUUGCUCGAGUCCGUCUACACGAGUCCCGACAGCACCAACCCCGGGAUGUCCUUCGUCUUCAGAAAGGUCAUGGAGGAGGACAACGAAAACGCCAUAGACAAGUUGAGUGCUAUGGCCGAGAAGCUAGCCAAUCAGUUUGCCUGCUACAGACCAGCUGUAGACCUCUUCCUCCAGCUGCUGGAUGUGGACAAACUGGACGAAGCCAAGUUCAUGCUGGCUCGCUGCAACGCCGUGGCUGAACAGAAGGAGAUGCUGGUGUCCUACGUGUCUCGGAAGGCUCAGUUUCCCGGACAGGUGGGAAAGAUCAAGGCUCUGAUGAGUCUGAUCCCAGACUUCACCGAGAAGGAGGUAUUGUACACGUACCUGAUGAAAUGUCAUGUCGUGGAUAAGGACCUGACGUCGGCCAAAGCUCUGAAUGAGCAGAUCCAGAAGGAGGGGAUGGUCCUAGAUGAGCUGUCACUCAAACGGCUGGCUGCUCUUUACCGCAAUGCAGGAGAGACGGCGCCCUUCACCGAGCCCCCUGAAUCCUUUAAGUUUUACGCAGACCAGCUGAAAGACAGAGCCGCCAAGGCCCAGGUGGCAGCAGACGAGUGAAGAGUCCUCCCUCCUCUUCCUCUCCUCUUGUAUCAGUCCUCAUCCCACUGUUUUCGUUCUUUGUAUCUGUCCUUUUUUUUUAUAUAAGUUGUUUGAGCUGAAAACUUUGAGUUUAAUGUGAUAAAACGGUUGGUGUUUGACUCUGUCCGCUGUGAAAUUGAUGUUGAAGAUAAUGAUGUUCAGAUUGUACAGAAGUAUUUAUGCUAAUAAAUGAAGUUAGGAAUCCAGAA